AUGAAGUUCUCUGACUUGCCAGUUUCGUCGGUUUUCUUUACAAUUUAUUUGAUGUUUUUUUGUGAUGUACAGACUCUAAAUGUGGUUGACAAAAUGGAAGCUAUUUAUGAGCAGUCAGAAAAUGUACUUUCCAUUAUAAAGGAAGCACUUUUGCAAAUUGAAACUAAGGGCGGAUUAAUUAAAUCCCCCGAUGAGGUCUACCCGACAUCCUGUCUGAUUUCUGGAGCUAAUGAAAAUGGUUUAAAAACAAUCAAAGUACCAGGCUUGAGUCCAUUUCAAGUGUACUGUGAAAAUCAAAUAGCUGGUCCCGGAUGGAUUGUUAUUCAGAGGAGAUUCAGUGGAAAUCUCAGCUUCUUUCGCAAUUGGGAAGAGUACAAGAAUGGAUUUGGAGAUCUGAAUGGCGAGUAUUUUCUUGGCCUCGAAAAGAUUCGUGCCCUGACUGCUCUGGAACCCCAUGAACUAUAUGUCCACUUGGAGGACUUUGAUGACACAGUGAAACAUGCUAAAUUUGAUGAAUUUGCUAUUGGUAACGAGGAGGAUGACUUCGCGUUGAAUGCAUUGGGAAAAUAUUCCGGUACUGCGGGGGAUUCCCUAAGAUCACACCGCAAAAUGAAGUUCUCCACGUACGAUCGGGAUAACGAUAAGGAGUUUAACAGGAAUUGUGCAUUUUACUAUUUGGGAGGAUGGUGGUACAAUGCCUGUCUGGAUAGCAACCUAAAUGGUCAAUAUAUGCCGGGUGGUAAAUACGAGGAGAAACUGUUCGCCAGAGGAAUGUGCUGGCGAUCUUGGCGUGGCCACAACUACGGAUACAGGAUAACUCAAAUGCUAAUACGACCCAAGUGCCGAAAUAUACCCGUGAUUCAUCGCUGACUCUCCAAAAAACAUUAUUAUUAUUAGUUGUUCACUCCCUUUGGUUUAAUGGCUUCGAGAUCGAUGUGAAAACAAUUUGUUUAUGUACUUGCUUAAUAUGCAAAAGGUGUUGCCAUUGAAUUAUCACCUUUUUUGCUGAGCACAUUAAUCAGAAUCUGAAUCAGGAAUGCGAAAUAUAAUGUAAUUCUCAAUGAAA